AUGGCAUCAUCUUCUUCUCCUUCUGCUCCGACCUUUUCUUACCAUGUUUUUAUCAACUUUAGAGGAGAAGAUACUCGUAAUAAUUUUGUGGGUCAUCUGUACUCGGAUUUUGAACAAAAAGGAAUCCAUACUUACAAGGACGAUGAAAAGCUUCCGCGAGGUGCAUCAAUCGGUCCAGCCCUUAUUAAGGCUAUCGAAGCAUCACAGGUUGCAGUAAUAGUGUUCUCUGAAAACUAUGCAGAUUCUUCAUGGUGCUUAGAUGAACUUGUACAUAUCAUGGAAUGCAAGGAUAAGAGACACAAAAUCGUGGUUCCCAUAUUUUAUGGCGUGAAGCCCUCUGAAUCGAGAAAACAAAAAAGGAAAUACGGAGAAGCAUUUGCCAAACAUGAGUUGGAGAACAAGAAAAAACUUAAAUCUUGGGGACAAUCAUUUUUGGAAAACUCUUUUGGAUGGCUCUUUGCACCACUAGAACUGAAUCGGAAAUACACGGAAGAAACUGUCAACCAUGAGUUGGAGAACCAGACCAAUGUUGAAUCAUGGAAAAAUGUUGUUGUGGAUGCAAGUAACAUUGCUGGAUGGGAAUUCAAUGACAAUGCCAACACAAAUGAAUCAACGUUUAUCAAAAGAAUCGUUGAGAAUAUUUCACUGAUGCUGCAUCCAAUAACUCCAAAAGUGAAUAACAACCUAGUUGGAAUAGUGGCUCGCAUGCAAGAUUUUAAAUCAAAGCUACAGAUUAGAUCAUGUGGUGUUCUCAUGAUUGGAAUAUGGGGUGGCGGGGGUGGUGGGAAAAUUCUCUCCGAUGUUUUGAAACCAAAUCAAGAGCAGGUAGGGGGAGUUAAGGAAGGAAAGCACAUGAUAAAGGAUAGGUUAUGCCAUAGAAAGGUGUUGAUUGUUCUUGAUGAUGUUGAUCACCUUGAACAACUAGAAGCAUUAGCCGGAUCACAUGAUUGGUUCGGUGAAGGAAGUUUAGUAAUAAUCACAACAAGAGAUGAACAUUUAUUAAAUGUUCACAAAGUCGACUUGAUACACAAAGUUAGUUUGUUAAAUAAGGAUGAGUCCAUGGAGCUCUUCUGCAAGCACGCACCCCGGGGUGAUAGACGUAUUGAAGAUUGUGAGGUGCUUUCAAAUGCCGUGGUUUCUUAUGCUGGAGGGCUCCCAUUAGCACUAAGAGUUCUCAGUUGUUUUCUAUGUGACAAAGAUAUGAAUCAGUGGAGGAGCGCAAUAGCCAGACUGAAAGAGAUCCCAGAGACUGGUAUUCUGGGAAAGCUAAAAGUCAGCUUUGAUGGACUUGAACUGUUUGAGCAAGACUUGUUUCUUGAUAUAGCAUGUUUUUUUAGGUGGGAGAAGAAAGCUACGGCAAUGGAGAUUCUUGAUGCUUGUGGUUUUCAUCCUGUUAUAGGAAUAGAGGUGUUGAGACAAAAGGCUCUCAUAACUAUUUCAGAAGAUGGAAGAUUUGAUAUGCAUGAUCUGGUGCAAGAAAUGGGACACUACAUUGUUAGAGGUGAACACCCUAACAAUCCUGAAAAAUAUAGUAGGAUUUGCAAGAAUGAAGAUGUUUUUAGAAUAUGUGCUAUGGAUGCAAUGAUGGUAAGUGACAAGAUCGAAGCAAUAAAAAUGGAUUUCUGGAUUCAACGAGUAGAAGAACAAGAACAAAAUCUUCAUUCGGUUGCUGCAUACAUGAAGAAUCUUCGGUAUAUGGAUUGGAGAUACGAACCUGCAAAAUUAUUGUUUAAUGACCUUCCACUAAGGGCGCUUUGCUGUCUUAUAUUGUGCGAAGGCUUGCAAAAACAACUUUGGGAGGGUUGUAAGAGUUUACAAGAGAUUGAUCCAUCGAUUGGAUACUUGAAAAAGCUUGUUUGCUUAUCAAUAGAAGGUUGUCCCAGUCUUGAGAUGUUUCCACCCAUUUGGGGAAUAGAGAAACUCGAGACUCUCUCAUUCGCAAAGCACCACGAAUUUUUAGGUUUUCCAGAGAUCCAACAACAGAAGAUGGAGAAUUCACCACAUCUUGAUUUGGAUAAUAGUGGGAAUGAAGUUUCAUCCAACAUAGAAUCAUAUUCAAACUAUUUUGUUAUUUGUUGGAGGUGUGGUUGCAGCAAUCUUCCUGGUGUAGAAUGUUGUGUACAGGAGCCCGGUUUAUGUGGCAACAUAACAUUAGGGUUUUUUCACAACUUGCAAGAACUCCGCUUGUUAAGGAAGUUGGAUCUGAGCAUGUGCCAUUUGGGAGAUGAAGACAUUGGCUCUGAUGUUUUAGAGUUUCCCAACUUGCAACAACUCAGUCUAUCAGAAAAUAAGUUUUCACGAUUAUAUUUUAGUCAAUUACGACUUCCUCGUCUCAAAUGGCUAGACGUGUCAUGGUGCGUAGGCCUUGUAGAAGUGUCAGAUCUACCGUCAAGUAUAGCUGUUGUUAUAGCAGAUGGUUGUAGGUCACUUGAAAGCCUUGGAGAUAUUUCAAGCUGUAAAUGGUUGUGGAAACUCUCACUUAACGGGAAGAAUGAAAUAGAUCCACUUGUGGGUGAGAUAUUACUAGACUCCAUGUUCCAGAUUCCAAAGGGGUUUGUAGGUAGCCCCUUUAAGGGGAAAACAUUUACAAAGCGUCUCCCACAUGUUAAAUGGGGCAACCUAUUGCCACCAGAUUUUCUUACUGAUGACGGCAAGAUUGAUCUGCAUCGUCUUGCAGAUGUUAAAUAUGAUGCCUACGUUUUUAGACGGCGUCUUCCAAAUGAUUGGUGCGAUGACUAUUGUGGGUUCUUAAUGCGCAUUGUUACCAAGGGCACAGAGAUGUGUAUUGAUAUAAAUAUGAAGCAAGAGCCAGAUCAGGAAGACUCUCGGUUUGAGAUUUGGCAGGAGUCUAAUGAAGCACCAGAGCCUGAAUAUGAUGGAGCAUUAAUGACACACGUGGGAUAUGUUUCCUUUAGUUCAUUGAGGCGGAACACAUCAUUGAAUUCAUCAUACAAUAUUAUUUCAUUUUCCUUAGAGGACAUGGAUUGGAUUUCGUUUGCAGCUGAGCUCAUUCCUAGAAAAAGUAAAGAUCAUCCGCUGCAAACAACAAAUGUUGCAACAGAUUCCUCAGAAUUUUGGGGUGAGGAAAAUGAUGAUGAUGAUGAUGAUGAUGAUAAGGCAUUUAAGUUCCAAGAUGAUUCGAAGUCUUGUAUCAAUAUUUUAUGGCGAUACAUCAUAGAUGAGAACUCAGUCAACACUCUGCUCUUCUGA